AUGACUGUCAAGUCGCAUCCAAAGUCCAAAUUUACUCCAGAAGAAGAUAUUAAGCUUAACCGAAUUGUUCAAUCCAUGAAAACAAUUGAUUGGAACUCUGUCUCCAACAAAAUGGGAAAUAGAAACCCAAGGCAAUGUAAAGAUCGAUGGACAAAAUAUUUGUGUCCGAAUAUCAAUAUGAAGAAGUUUACAUUGCAAGAAGACAUCGAUCUUUUAGAAUUGUAUGAUCAAUUUGGGCCAAAAUGGGUUUUAAUAUCAAAAUGUUUUAACAAUAGAAGUGAUGUUGCUAUCAAAUCGCGUUUCAUGGUCCUGAAGAGAAGAGGAAUGGAUCUGAAAUACUUAAAAGAAAUUAGAAAUAAUAAGAGAAAGCCGUCGGACAUACUUGUUAAAGGACGAAAAACUAAGAUUAUUGAUCCAAGGGCAAUCUUAAAUGAGAGUGUCGAACUUCCUCCUCCAUCGGAUUUUGAAAAUCUUUUUGAUUGUGAUGAUUUGUUUGAUUUUGAAUUCAAUACAUUUGAAUAA